AUGAAAUAUAUGGUGGAUAAUUCAAGUUUUUUCGAACAUCUAUCCAGAAAAGCAUUCAUGUCGCUUCAACCCGAACCAUAUCUGGAUUCGUCUUUGCUUUCUUCGGACCAAAGAAAAGUUAAAUGGCUUCAAAGAAAAUUCAAAAAACAACAAAAACUAGAGCGACGAGGCAAAAAGAUACCAUCGUCACCGAGAGAAGCUCUUCAACAAGUGAAUCAAAAUAUGUUAAACCUUGGUCCAGGUGAAAUGCGAAGGGCUUCACAAUGUGAAGGCCAAUUAUUCAAGCAACGAAUACGUAUGGAUGGAUGUUUGUCAAAAGUGGUUAUCAACAGGUUUUGUCAUGGAACUUGUAUGUCCUAUUACAUUCCUCGGUUGAAGCCUCGUAGAUUGAAAUUAAAAGCAAUGUUUCAAAGUUGCUCCGCUUGUCAGCCUUCAGAAUACGACACAGUAGAGGUAAGGACUAAAAUUUAA